GAGAGGGAGAGAGGGAGAGAGGGAGAGAGGGAUACAAAGAGAGAGAGCGCGCGAGAGAGAGGGAGAGAGAGAGAUAGACAGAAAGAGAGAUAUAGACAGAGACAAAGAGAGGGUGAGAGGAAGGAAGCAACGGCAAGCAGCAGCGCUCUCCGACGAGCGGCGAGAGCAACACCACAAGACGACGAUGAGCUGCGGGAGCAGGAGUGGAAGCGGGAGCAGCAGCGAUGAUGACGACGAGGUCAUCGACCUGAUGGCUGGAAGAACAACAGCAUCUUCUUCGGCACAACAACAAAAAGCGCAAGCGCAGCCUCCCUCGUCACGUGUCCCAGGCAUCAACGGCAACGGCAACGACAAUGAAGAUGACGAUGACGAUAGUGGUGAUGACGAUAACUUUGACGAUGGCGAUGAGACAGGUGUGCGCGCUCACCAUGGUGAAGGCGACGUCGCUGCUCACCAUGUUGCCCGCACACAGACACGGAAUGGGCGAGAAUCCCACGGGACCGCAAAGGAUAAUCACACAGUCAAUGUGGACAGAAGAAUACGAGAAGACACCGCCAACGACAGAGAGAAAGCACACACACCAGAACCGAACGGUACAUCGACAUCACACCAGGCGCACCACCCGACUGAAGCAGAGAAGCCGACAUCAUCAACGGCAACAGCAGCUACACACGAGAAGACGAAGAAGAAAAGAAAGCCUGCAAACUGGUCAAAUCCAUUUGCACCUCUUGUACAACAACAACAACAACAACAACAACAACAACAACAACAACAACAACAACAACAACAACAACAACAACAACAACAACAACAACAGCGACAAGAAGGUCAACAAGGUCAAUAUGAUCAGACACAAAGACCGUUGUCUCCAGCAUCUGCGAUGAGGGCAUCUCUGGCAGAGCUGACUAUGGUUGAGGGCGAAGGAGACGAGCUGCCUUUUCCGGAGAUUGACGUGGACAAUGCGGUGCCCAACUUCACGGCCGCAUACGACUACGCGGCCCGGGAAGUUGAUGAAGUGGAUCUUCAUAAAGGCGACCUUCUGUAUGUCGUUGAAAUGGGACCAGACGGCUGGUACAUUGGCCUCAACAUCACAACGGGCGUUCAGGGCACCUUCCCAGGCAACUUUGUGGUUCACCUCGACCAGGCACCAGAGGGCGACGAGGAGCUUGCCCGGCGGCUGCAAGCGCAGGAAGAGGAGGAGGAGGGCGAGCAAGAUGGCCGUGCGUCGGAAUAUGCCAGCACGACGUCAUCUGCCAUGAUGGCCACAACCGCUGACGAGGACCUUGCUCGCCAGCUGCAGGAGGAGGAGGACAGGCUCUUUGCCCUUGCUCAGCAACGCCAGGAGUCGUCAAUCCCAGUCGGCCCGCCGCCCACACCGUUCCAGGUGAGCUCGCCUGACCACGAGUCGUUUACCGUGCGCUUCCUCGGAAGUCUCAAUGUGCCCCCGCGCCCAUCAAAGGACCUCCUCUUCAUGGCCAUCAGAGAGGUCCUUGCUGCCCGGAAGCGGCUGCGGUACAGCGCGUCGAAAACGUUUGAGUUUCGCGUUUCCCUGCGCGGCAUUCAUCUUAUCGAGCAGGCACCAAAGAAGCGACCGACGCUGCUUCGACGCCGCUCCACAUCAGCGCCACCAACUCGCGCCACCACAGCGUCCCUGUUCCCGCUCCAUCACGUCUCCCACUGUGCCUUUGACGAAACAGACCACAAGUGCUUUGGAUUCAUUACGCGCAACGAACGUGGGGACAAGUUUGCGUGCCACGUGUUCCAGUACAACAAGUCUGCCACGACCAUUGUCAACGCCAUUGGGUAAGUGUGUGGUGGGCCUGCACCGGCACCCGACCGGUGGGAUGUGGAAGGACAGGCAGAAUUGCGCUCACUCACUCACUCACUCAUUCACUCACUCAUUCACUCA